AUGUCUGACAAAAACAACAACACCGACAUGCCCACGCUCAGUGAGCGCGACAUACAGCUCCUCGUCUACGCCCUGCGCAGCGUCGAGUUCAAGAAGUUUGCCGAGAUGGCUGGCUUCAAGAACGCGCAUUCCGCCUCAGUCUCCUUCAUUCCUGUCCGACGCAAGGUCAUGGGCGAGGCCGGCUCCGCCAAGCCGACCCCCAAAAAGUCCACCCCGUCCAAGCGCAAGCAGGCCGCUCCCGCCGCUGCUGAUUCUGACGACGCCGACGAGUCCCCUCUCAAGAAGGCCAAGAUUGCCUCCAAGAAGACUGUCGUCAAGAAGCAGCAGGAGGCCAAGAACGAGUCCGACGAGGAUAAGGCCCAUGCCUUCGUCUAA